AUGGUGUCUGAAUCAUGUUCAAGAAACUAUAACCAUCCAUAUACUCCAUAUGAUAUUCAAAUCCAGUUGAUGGAUGCCAUAUAUAAUACUAUUGAGAAUGGCUAUAAAAUAGGACUAUUUGAGAGUCCCACUGGAACAGGUAAAACUUUAUCUAUAAUAUGUUCAUCAAUGACAUGGUUACGAACUUUCAAGAGGAAUAAUACAUUUCUAGAGACAAAUAAUGAGGUUGAAGAUGUAUAUGAGAGUGAAAGUGAAGAGGAUGAACCUGAAUGGGUCAAAAAAGCUUAUCAAAGUUCAAUUGUAAACCGAUCGAAAAACAAACUAAUUGAAUAUGAACAUUAUUUGGAUAAAAUAGAAAAGGAACAUGCCCAGAACAAACGAAAAGAAGAAGAACUAGAGAUAAAAGUACAUAAAAGACGCAAAGCCAUGACAGCAGCAGGAACAGAUCUUUCAGAAGAGUCAUAUUUACCAAUGGAUUAUUAUAGUGAUUCAGAAGUUGGCAAAAUUGAGGAUCAAAAUCUAGCUAUCACCAAAGAGAUAAAUCGACUUUUGAAAAAAGUGGAAAAUAAAGAAGAAGUAUCUUAUAUUAACGAAUGUCCGAUAAAGAUAUUUUUCUCUUCUCGUACUCAUUCCCAGUUGAAUCAAUUUUCCAGUCAAUUAAGAUUAACAAAUUUCCAAGCCUCAUUUGAAGAUCUAGAAGAACGUACAAAAUAUAUACCAUUAGGAUCAAGAAAACAACUUUGUAUCAAUGAGAAAGUUAGAUCAAAGGGGAAUGAUCAAAGUGUGAAUGAUGCAUGUCUUGAUUUACAACGUGAAACUAAUGGAUGUCAAUAUUUACCGAAAAAUUAUAUGAUGUCUAGUGUUACCAAAGAAUUUGCUGAUUUAAGUUUGGCUAAAAUCAGAGAUAUAGAAGAUUUGAAUGAAUUAGGGAUUGAAUUGAAUAUUUGUCCUUAUUAUUCAGUACGGAAAGGGAUAGAGAUGACAGAAAUUAUAUCAUUACCAUAUCAAAUGAUUUUCCAAGACACAACAAGAAAAAUAUUAAAUUUGGAUAUAAAAGAUUCAAUAAUUAUAAUUGAUGAGGCACAUAAUAUUAUUGAUGUAAUAACGUCAAUGUAUUCGAUAAAAAUUACUCUGGAUCAAUUGAAUAAAGUAAUCAAAUCUUUGAAAAUAUAUUUAAACAAGUUUCUUAAAAGAUUAAAUAGUGGGAAUAGAAUCAAUUUAAUGAAAUUGAUCAAAAUAUGUCAAAUUUUACUUAAAUUUUUAAACACCAAUCUGGAAAAAGUUAAAUCUGGUGAUGAAGUACAAAUACAAGAUAUAUUCAAAGAUUCCACGGGGGAUUUGGUCAAUAUCCAUAAACUAGAUCAAUUUUUAACCAAAUCUAAAAUUGCAUACAAAAUUGAAUCUUACAUUGAAAAAACUGAAAUGGAAACUGAUAAUGGGGAGAAAAAAGGAAGAAUCACCAAUAGUGGUGGUAGUAGUAGUAGUAGUAGUAGUUCUAAUCCACUUUUAUUUACUAUUAUAAAAUUUUUAAGAACUUUGACAAAUCUAUCUAAAGAAGGGAAAUUUUUCUGGGAUAAUGAAAAUGGAACAAUUUCAUUAAAUUAUAUGUUACUUGAUCCUAGUGCUGUAUUCAAAGAAAUUGUUGAUCAAGCAAAAUGUGUAUUAUUAUGUGGUGGAACAAUGGAACCAAUGUCAGAUUAUAUGGAUUAUUUAUUCCCUAGUGUACCAACAAAUAAAAUCAACACUUUUGCAUGUGGACAUGUAAUUCCAAAGGAAAAUCUUCAAGUGUUCCCCAUUAGUCAAUGGAAUGACACAAAUUUUGAAUUUCUGUAUCAAAAACGAAAUGAUUCUAAACAAUUAAUGGCACUAGGUGAAUUUCUUAUUGAAAUUACUAAACGAGUUCCCUAUGGAGUUGUGAUAUUUUUCCCAAGUUAUAAAUAUUUGGAUCAAGUUUUACAAUUUUGGAGAGACACCAAAAUAUUGACAUCUAUUGAAUCCGAAAAAACGAUAUUUAGAGAACCUAAAGAUCCAUCUAACGUUGAAAAAGUAUUAAAUGAGUAUGGUUAUUUAAUUCAAACUGAACGUAAAGGAGCAAUUUUAUUUUCUGUAGUUGGAGGUAAGAUGUCUGAAGGGAUAAAUUUCUCUGAUGAUUUAGCAAGAGCAGUGAUUAUGGUAGGCUUACCAUAUCCUAAUGCAUAUUCCGGAGAAAUGGUGACCAAAAGAAAGUAUAUUGAGACAUCUGAGUUGUCAAAUGGUGGUACCACUACUGAUGCUAAAGAAAAAUCACGAAAUUAUUAUGAAAAUCUUUGUAUGAGAGCAGUCAAUCAAAGUAUUGGUCGAAGUAUAAGACAUAUCAAUGAUUAUUCUAUUAUUUAUUUAGUAGACAGACGAUUUUCAACCCCAAGAAUACAAAAUAAACUAAGUCAAUGGGUAAAAGAAAGAAUUUCCAUCACCACCACCAAUAAUAAUAAUAAUAAUAGUAUAUACAUUAUGGAGUCAACUACUGAUUUCUUCAAUAUAAUUAGAUAG